AUGAUGACAGAGGUUGCAGUGAUGAUUUGUACCUCCGGAGCCUGUGCCUUGAGCAGGCGCGGCUGCGCACCCCGGUCCGAGGGGUGGCCCUUAUACGCGUCAGGCAGGGGGUCCAAGGUGUCAAGGCGGGAGCUUGCCUGCUCUGCAAAGCUCUUCAUCCGCUGCCAUUGGACCGCCUCUAUGAUCGCGGGCGCUUUGGCAACUUCAACCCCGGGAUCCUCAUGGACCCCUUAUUACCGUGGAAGUGAUCAUGUGCAGCGAGCCACACCUUGGCCCUGGUCAUGCCGUGCCCGGGCACGGGGGGCUCGAUCUGCGCUGUAUCACCGUUUUGACUACCAGGCAAUUCCAGGAGUGGUGAGCACGUGGCGUGCACUGCUGGGGUCCCCUGCCGCUGUACUACUGGCCACAUCUGCAUGGUUCACGGUGGGCGUUGUGAAGGGCCGACACAGCAUAUCCUCCCACACACAUGAUGGUCUGGUCUGGAUUGACACUACUGCAAUUAGCAGUUUAAGGUCCUGGGUUCGAUUCCUGGGGAGACCCCCGAAUUAGUCGGGAGCGCGAGAUUAUGGCUAGCUGCUGAGAUGUGGAGUUGAGGUCACAGUUGAUGGACCAGAUUCGCACGCUGGAUUGGUGGCGAUUGCCGAACCCUCCGUCUCAUCGGGUGUUCGGGUGAAUGGAUGAGGAGGGGUCCCUGAAGGCUGGAUCCGCCGCCUUGGACUUACAGUUCGUAUGGCGAAGUACAGUGUGGUAGUGGUGGAUGGUGCUGUAAGGUGAUAAAUGAUCUAGAACUGACAAUGUGAUAAAGCGGCCCAGAAGCCUCCCACUCUGUAACAUUACAAAAUUACAUGA